GUUCAAAAAGCGAAGUGCUUUGACAUGGAGUACACGCGAAGCUCCUAUACCGGCCCCACGACGUUUGGCCGAUUCAAUGGCCACGGCACGUACACGUUUGGGGAUGGCUCGCGGUACGAAGGCGAGUUUCAAAACGGGCAGUUCCACGGCACAGGCACGUUGUUCUUUGCCCAAGGCAAGUACGAAGGCACGUGGAAAGACGGCAAACGAGUGGACGGGCACUUUACGUUUGCCGACGGGUUGAAGUUCGAUGACCCGUGGACGUACAUGGACGACGCGGACCGGCGGUUCCAUUCGGAAAAGGUCGCGUUUGCGAAAUCUUCGUCCGAAGCGAAAGCCGGCAGCGGCAUCUUACCUGCGGGCGAGACAGCGCACUGCGACGAAGGGUUGCAAAAGUCGCUGCCAAUGGGGUACUACGACGCGGGCAACGGCAUGUACGACGAGCUCACCAACACCAUCAUGCCCGUGUCGACCUCUGACAUGUCCGACUUGCCGCGGGAAGCCACAGACGAAGAGGCGCGGUGGAUCAAGGCCUGCGCAGCCAAGGGGUUCCCGCAAAAGAACAACGAAUAAAGACAAAAUUUCGGAGUACUACAAGCAAAUACAUACUCCAUGUAGUUUAUUUCACUACUAUACCAAGUGCAACUUACACUACGCACAACAACACUUGGUUAUCCGGAUACUAUAGGCUACAUAGGAAAGAGAGGGUACGUACCAGCGUCAGCGUGACCAAACAAUGAAGCCGACGGUGUACUACUUGUCAAGCGAGCCACGGGGCCAGCUAAAUAGGUUGUGGACGCUGGCUUGCUUUCGUUAUCCACACUGCUGCCUUCCAACACGCAAAUGAGGCGAUCGUUCACCUACAACACACCCGCUUUAGCUCCUGUAUAGAGGACUGGACAUUGCAAACUGUCAAGCAGAUCUCGAGGGUACGCUCGUCCAACUUGCCGGCCAGGCCGGCCUCGAUGAGCGAGUUCAUGCGCGGCUGGCACUGCUGCAAAAAGUCCAGCACGUCCUCGACGUCGUGGUUGUCGUCGUCGCCACGGGCACCAAGAGCCACUAAAGUUUGAUACGUUUGAAUCUUUUCUUGGACGGUAACGAGGUCUUGGUGGAGCUUUUGAAACUCGGCGGCCAGGCUGGGGGACAUGGUGGCCACGGGUUUGGCUUCGUCGAUGGCCGUGGCGGGAAGAACGCUGGCGGCAAAGUCUCGACUGGUGAUCGAGGAGGGAGAUGCAGGGGUCGACGGAAAUGACACGCCUUGUACCCGUAGCUGCUGGUACGUGUCGCGAAAGAUGGAUUGGUCGGGGUAGUUGGCUGCCCAAUCUUGCAACAUGCGGGUCGCGCGUUCUUGCACGGCUGGGGACGAGUGGUCGACCAACGCCACCACUUCCUGGAGAAACAGCCGAGACGCGAGGUGAUUGUAGAACCCAGGACAGUUGUUCAGGACCGAUUCGGUCACGAGGAGCGCCAGGGAGAUGCUGUUUUCGUCAUGCUGGCGAUGGCCCAACACACGUUGGAGACUCCGCGUCGUUUGUUCGGCACUAAAUCCAUGAUUAGGUCCGGGGAAUGUAAAGCGACGAGGGAUCAUACUGUGUGGACGAGCUUGUCACCAAGUCACAGAGCUCCAAGAUGUUAAUCCAGUCGGGGUUGGACACUUCCCCACUGCAGAUUGUGUCGAUGAGACUGCUAAUGUCUUGCACUGCUUCCACGUAGGACGACGCCAUGUCGGCUGAAGCUUGGUGUGUUCCCUUUGUG